AUGAAAGCAGCAACGCACGUAUUUGCGGGUCUGGCGGUUGCCCUCGCGGCCUAUGGUCUUGAUCUCAAUGACACAUCUGUUGCGUCCAAUCGUACUCACGGUCCAGAACGACCACUAGCGCAUUUGACUCCCAGUGUUGGGUGGAUGAACGAUCCUAAUGGACUGUUUUACGAUAACGAGACCUCGACCUACCAUACAUAUUAUCAGUACAAGCCCAAUGACACUGCGCCAGGCGUGCCUUUGUAUUGGGGCCAUGCCUCUUCAGAAGAUUUGAUAACGUGGGAUCACCACGGCGUUGCACUUGAGCCCAAAGACGAACAAUCUGGCGCUUUCUCGGGCUCCAUUGUUGUGGACUACAACAACACCUCGGGAUUCUUUGACGACUCUAUUUUACCAGGCCAAAGAAUCGUUGCUCUUUACACUGAGCAUAGCAACAUAAGUGAAAGUCAGUUUGCUGCCUAUUCUCUGAACGGUGGGUACAGCUUCGAGUAUUACGAGCAGAACCCUGUUCUGGACAUCAACUCCACGCAGUUCAGAGAUCCUAAAGUUUUCUGGCACGAGGAGACGGAGCGCUGGAUCAUGGUUUUGGCUCUGUCGCAGCAAUACAAGCUGCAGAUUUACAGCUCAAAGAACCUAACUUCAUGGGAAUUCCAAUCCAACUUUUCCCACCACGGUCUUCUUGGUUACCAGUAUGAAUGUCCGGGUCUGGCAAAGGUACCAAUCGUUCACGAAAGCCCUUCUAACGUUACUUUGCAUGGACUUAACUCCACCACAAACGCUACCGCCCAAACCAACGCCACCUCGGUGGAUCACAAAUGGGUUAUGAUCUUGAGUAUAAACCCUGGCGCUCUCACGGGAGGUUCUUUCAACCAAUAUUUCAUUGGUGAUUUUGACGGUAAAACUUUCACUGCUCAGGACUCAGCUACUCGCGCUUUGGACCAUGGAAAAGACUUUUAUGCAUUCCAAACCUACUCUGAUGUUCCCAACAACGACGUCUUAGGCAUUGCGUGGGCUUCUAAUUGGGACUACGGUGUGAAUGUUCCGGCGGUAGAUUACAGAUCGUCAAUGUCCUUAGUCCGUAACCUCACAUUGCGGCCUUACAAUCCCAACCCAGAAACCACGGAGUUCACUUUGUACAGUGAGCCUCUAGUCAACUAUACCCAUCUGCAUACGAACCAAUCAAUUCACAAAACUUCUCUAUUGCUGGACUCUGAAGAAACUGUAAGUUACAGCUUGGGAAAGGAUCCACAGGGCUUAUUAGAGUUUUCUCUUGAGUGGAAAGUUAACGCAACUGCCGUUACUUCAAGACACGACUUUGCGGAUCUAUCUUUGUACUUCAGAGGCGCCGAAGAUGAUGACGAAUAUUUGAGAUUGGGUUACGAACUUAAUGCAGCUGCUUUUUUCCUUGACAGAGGUAACACCGAGGUUGAUUUCGUUAGCGAAAAUCCCUUCUUCAACAACAAAGUCACUCAAAACAUUGAAACGUACAAGAUUGCCGAAGAUGGUCUACCUAUCCUCAAAGUUCGGGGUAUCAUCGACCGGAAUCUCAUUGAGCUUUUCUUCAACGAUGGAUCAUCCACUUCUACAAAUUUGUUCUUUUUUUCUGAGGAGAACUACAUAGGCGCUGUGGAUAUCUCUAGUGGUGUUGAUGAUGUCUACACUAUUUUAGACUUUAAAGUGAAGCAGAUGAGCCUUAAAUAA